AUGAUGACUUCGCCUAUAUCAUCUCCUUCGAUUAUGAGAAAAUGUAAACCUGUUAAGAAGAAAACCGAAAUAUCUUCAUCAAUAACAACUACAACACCGGCUUCGGUCACAUGUUCUUCAACAGCAACAACAACGGCUAUUGAUAUUGCAAAAUGGAAAAAUGAUUUUAAUGAUGAAAUUUUGACAUCCAAAAAUGAUUCAACAAAUAAUCCAUUAUUCACAUCAGAACGUUAUGAUGAAACAAUUGAAUUAAUAAAUGGUGCAAAAUUAAAACGCUAUAGUGAUAGAAAUGAACAAGAAAUAGCACUCUUGAAAACAUACGACGUAAUUAAUGUUGGCGGUCAGCAGAAAUUAGUAAAAAAGAUUAAUUCAUCAGAAGAUGGUAUAAUUAAAUAUUAUGUUUCAUUGGACGAACUAUUUGAUGUGGUGCAAACAGCUCAUGUUACAAUUGGUCAUCGUGGUAUUAAUAAUACAUUGAAAGAAAUCAAGAAAAAAUAUGCAAAUGUUACAGAAAGACAAGUCAAAUUAUUUAUCUCUGGUUGUCAUGAAUGUAAAAUAAAAUGCUCCAAACCCAAAAAUUCGUCGAAAUUAGUCGUGCAACCAGUUAUCUCACAUGAUUUUAAUGCGCGUGGUCAAGUCGAUUUAAUCGAUAUGCAGUCAUGUCCAGAUGGUCCAUUUAAAUUUAUAUUAAAUUAUCAAGAUCAUUUUACAAAAUUUUGUGUUUCAAGACCAAUGAAAACAAAAACAGCAGCAGAAGUCGCUUAUCAUUUAUUAGAUAUAUUUACAAUGUUCGGGGCUCCGGUUAUUUUACAAUCACAUAAUGGUCGCGAGUUUGUGGCAAAAGUUAUUGAAGAACUAACUGGAAUGUGGCAAGGUCUUAAAAUCGUACAUGGAAGAGCUCGUCAUCCACAAUCACAAGGAUCAGUAGAACGUUGUAAUCAAGACACAAAACAAUUGAUAGGAACGUGGAUUCGUGAAAAUAGCUGUAAAAAAUGGUCACAAGGUCUACGAUUUGUACAGUUUCAGAAAAAUUCGUGUCAUCAUCGUGUGCUAAAACACAGUCCAUAUUCAGUUUUAUUCGGUCAUGAACCAAAAAUUGGUUUAACAUCAACAUCCUUACAUCCAUCUAUAUUCGAUAGUAUAACAACAGAAGAAGAACUAGAAAAGGAAUUAGGCAUACCAGCAGUUGCCGAUCAAGAUACAAUUGAUGAAGGCGAAAGUAGUCAUGAAACAGAAGGAAAAGGCUCAAAGAAUGAUGAUGAAGAAAGUAGUGGUGAACAAGAUGGUCAAGAUUUGGAUAUGAGUCCACUUAAUGAUCGAAUUCAACGAACGAAUGAAAUUCGUCAGGAUGCGAGAGAAGGUCAGAAACGUCAAGCUGAUCAAUUUUUACAAAAUACAUUUAAAAAGCAAAAGUUAGCAAAUUUGAAUGUUGGUGAUAACGUUCUGGUAUCGGUACCAGAUGUUGAUCGUGCUCCAACAGAUGCGCGCAAUAUAUUAGCUGUUAUAAUGGAAAUUAAACAUGACAAAUAUAAAUUAGGUACAGAAUUAACCACGUUCUCAUCAAGUCUCGCUAACUUCAGUAAACAGAUUUUAAAAAGAAACUUGAUAGGAUUUUGA